AUGAACGGGGGGAAUUUCAAUUUAAGACUGAAUGUCGUCCAUCGCAUCAUCCCUGGAAAUGUAGAUACUGAGGAAGACGCCCGUCAGUACGUCGAGAACUUAGCAGGGCCAGGGAAUAAGGUAGAGGAUCUGCUAUCGAGGUCGGAACAUAUAGAGCAAAUUUCGUCGGAUUUUAUUCAGCUGUUGGAGUUCGAGAGGAGCUGGACGCCAACAACUGGGGAGGAUGCCACCCAUGGUAAGCUUCUAUACGAGGUUGUGCGCAAUGCGCUGGAUCGCGAUAAUCAGAGCGCCGCAUUGCUGAUAAAUAGACUAUACCUGCGCGGUUUCGCAAAGGAGUUAAUUAAAUCGGUUUUGUUGUACUACGGAAUCAACUCCAGCCCCAGGCGAAAACUCAGUUGUCGGACGAAGCUCGAAGGCAGGUUAAAGGAUGCUAGCUCGACAGUUAGAAUAUGCAGCGGGGCCCUUCGCUGCAUCUCGAAAACAAUUGAUGUACAGGGCGAAAGAGGUGCCCGGAGGCUUAGAUUCAAAAGCAACCUGGAUUAUAAUGUCGCCGUUGGAGUGACCACGCUGUUCCUAGAUUCCGCCGUGGUGGUGGACGACGCUGUUAACUAUGAAAAUGUGUUGCAGCUAUUACACCCGCAAAGCCAGGCAGCUGUGCCUAUUGAAAUGCAGCUGUUCGUGCUCUAUGUGAUAGGAGAACGCAUAAAAGGCGAAGGUGUCGACGAAGCGUAUUCGGAUAAUGAACUUCCCCAAAAUGCCAUCAACCCCUCGCCUCAACUUGAAGGCAACGAAGAUGCACAGGAGACUCAAAAUGGAACUGAUGCAACUGACGGUGGCAACGUGACACAUGUGACCGGGAAACUACCACCGCUGUACAUUAAAGGGGAACCGGCCUCGGGUAGUGGUAAGCACGGUACGAGUGCGGGAGAAACCUCACCAACAUCAACUGGAGUAACGCUAGGAGCUAAAAAAGAUUGCAUAACAUCACAGGAACGUGACCUGCACACUGAGGUGGGACGUAAACUGCUAUGGCGUCUCGCUGUUAGGUGGUCGGAGCGCAACGUGAACGCAUCAGGACAGGAAACCGAUUACGUAUCACUUGCCGCGUGCAUAAUAAAGCUCUUGGAUAUCGUAUAUGCCACGGGCGAUAAUGUAGUGUAUCAGGACUUCGACCGGGUGGCCAUGGCGAUCUCCGCCGGUACAAGCGCCAAGCUAAGCACGUUUAACGCAACACAAAUGUAUGCUGCCAUAGAAGUUGCUAAGAAACUGGUUGAAAUAACCACGCAGAUGAACACUUUACUGGGUAUAGAGCCAAGCCCGGAUCUAGAGUUCACGGGGAGUGAGAACUUGCAUGAGAAGCCGUUGGUUUACCUCAAACUCGCCUGUGCCCCGUUCACGGUGGAGACUUCGGGCAGGCUUUAUAGAUAUAAUAGCGCUACAAAUGAACUUGAAAAUGCUCCGCCAGCAGCACUUUUAGAGACAGAUACUGGUGACGCCUCUAUUCCGAGCAAUGAUGUCGCGGAACAGGAACACGGGGCUGACAUAAGCGGUACAAACAUCUCAACAGCUGUGGUAUUCCAGAGACAGAGCAUUGACAGGGAAGAUUAUGCCACAACAGGGUUGACGAAUAAUGGCGAAGAGCGGGCAUAUCAACUUACAGCAAACCCGUCGGGCUCGGUGGGCACGGCAAACGAUGGCGGCGAGAACAGCUAUGCCAAACGCCACAUCGAAGACCUGGUAGACGAUAUAUUUGCAGAUGUACCAAGGGCAUCUGCGCCUAAGCUGCGUUUUUUGCCUACUCGAGGUUGGAUGGAUCCGCCAUUGCACAUACAGCAGUGUUACGAGCGGUUGAGGAACAUCCCCGUGGUUGCUGAUGUCCAGCCCGACAAACUGUUCAAUAACGCGCUGAACAAACCCCAAACGUUAUCAAACUUGAGACAGAGGAUGAUGGUGGCGCAAACGUUGUUCUACUUGCCGAUGAUUGUAGAUCGUAACGAGCCCAUGUUGGAGAAGUACGCGGUGUCCAUCUAUCAGAUGCUUGUCAAAAUCGAUGAUUUUCAGCAGUACAACGACCUGAUGGCCGAACUGAUGGGCAAAGGGACGGCAUCUCAAACAGUGUUGGGAGAGGGGGGCGACCGUGGCGUUGUGGAACAUCACGGUGGACAUGCCGACCUACCCAGACAAGUGGCUGAAAAACAGGCCAUUUUGUCCAUGAUUAGCAUUGCAGCGCUCAAACCAAUCAAGAUAUGUGAAUUCGUAUGCAAGGCAGUUGCCGACACUGAAUACACCGUGACCGAAAAGGUCAAAAUGCUCCUGAGCAUGCAGAAGGCGAUACUUACCAUCAGUGGCAAAGCGUCUGAGGAACUCGAACAACCAUCUGGAAGCUCUGUUAAUAACAUUUCAAAACGCUCGGACGUUGACAUCGAGGGAGGACGUAACAUUCCACUCAUUGCGUUUCGAGCAUUGAGAAGAAACGUGGUUCGUCGCCCACCGUUGACCGAAGUAAGCACAAGGAGUGCCAUGCCUGGAAGUAGUAGUGGAUCUACGACUAACAAUGAGGAUGUAGACGAAAUUGCGAUAGGUGGAAAUGUGGGAGCAGCAACUCAUCCAAUCGUGCCAACGCUCGCUGCUAAUCACAAUGAUGAGUCCGCUUUAGAUGUUGAGUCCGGAACUGGAGCUGAUGCCAACGGAUCUGCAGAGUCGUGUCUACCAACUGCUUCACGGCUCGAUGAAGUGAACUGUAACGUGAAAACGUCUGGCUCAAAGCAGCAAGCGGGGCUUUCGCAGGGGUCUCAAUCUCGGAUUUUAUCUGGUGAACCAUCAUCCAAGGACCCGCAUGCGUCACAUCCUGCAUCGGCAACGAUAUGUGAAGAUGGAGUCAGGCCUGGAAUGGCACGAACAGCAACGUCUAAUAUACAAAAAAUAAUAAGUGGGGAUCGUGGCGACAGUCGAACACAUGAACAUAUGGAUGCAGUGUCGCCUGAGUUCAUUUCGACGGCCCAGACCAGCACUUGUGCUGGUGGUAGACCCUCCUCUGACUCAUCCGUGUUACAGGGUAUGCUAAACAUAACGAAUGGGGAAUCUCAUUCAACAGGAAUACGCGGCAGAUCGAUCGCACUGAAUGCGAAGAAACCACAUAUACUUAUCACUCCAAGGGAGUUGAAUGUACAGCCUAGUAUUACGGCGGAGAAUGACAAGAGUACAACCCGGGGCAGUGCAGCAUCAAAUCAGCGUAAGUUUGACGAAAACGAGUUAGCAGCUAUCGCGAACGUCUCGACGUCGCUGAUUAUGCAAACAAUUCAAAAGCACAUGAAAUCCGGUGUAGCUGUACUAAGUGCGGGACCGGAGCAUGCAGUCACCGUGUCAUUGCUCGAUACACUCCACACAUGUUUGAGGUAUUGUGGAGGGUCUCUGUCGCCGAUUGUUAUACACGACUGCGCCCUCAUGAUUGGACAGAAUCACUACCGAUCAUCUAGCCACGAUGUGGUGUUAUGCACGAACUUUUGCAAGAUCGAUGCAACGCAGCAUUACGUCGCCUAUCACAUUGAAACCAGCAGCAUGCAUGGAAAUUAUGCUGAAAUCAGUAUAGGCAAGUGUUUAAGUACCGCCAAGCAGUGUAAAAAUGGCGAUUUAGAAUCCAUGCUUUUCAAGGCAGGGAAAACACAUCGGCAAUUGAAUCCAUGCAGUAUCACCUUAAUCAAUAGCCAAUAUUAUACCAUCUAUUUGGGUUAUGUUCGAAAUGAAACAGCCAUUCAUUACAGGUUAGCAAUCUACGAAUAUUAUGAUGAAUUAUGGUCAAGUCAAUUCGGAUCCGCACAUCUUUACAUUAAUACAUACUCUCUGAUAUCCCGCAGAUUUACAAUUAUCCGGCAUAAGGUCUUCAUCUGGCUGGCAGCGUAUGCCAGCCUGCCAAUCGUCCAUUGA